GGAAGUAGCAGCUGAACCCAGCUGCAACAGUUAGACGGAGAGCUGACCGCCGCAGCAUGCAGCCGCCACCCAGGAAGGUAAAGGAAAGCCAGCAGCUCAAAGUGCUGUUCUCAGAGCAGCUCAGCAAACUGCAGAGCAAACAGCAGCAGGACACCGAGCUGCUGGAGGAGAUCAGGUCCUUCAGCAAGCAGAGAGCAGCUAUAGAGAAGGAGUACGGUCAGGCUCUUCAGAGGUUGGCUGUCCAGUUCCAAAAGAAGGAUUGGCAGAGAGGGAAUAUGGACGCCGUGGUUACUGGGAGUGUGUUUGCUGUAUGGAGAUCCGUGGUGGACGCCGCCGCUCAGGCUGCAGCCUCUCGACUUGCUGCGGCAGAGGAAUACCGCAGACUUACUGGACAAACCUCCAAAAGUAUUCACAAUGCCAAGGAAACUGGGGCCAAAAGAGGCCUGGAGAGACUGCAGAAGGUGCAGGGGGAGGUGGUGGAGGCCCUACGGGAGCUGCAAACGGUCAAGAAGAGCUACAUCCAUCUGAGCAAUGUUGCCAGUGUAGCUAGAGAGAAAGCAGCUGAGGCACAGAGCAGACCUAGAAAGAGUGAACAUGGGAUAUUCCACUUCAGACCAGGUCUUCAUAAGAUGACAGUGAAGCUCAAUGCCAGGAUGAUGGAGUGUGAGCAGCGUUUGAACGAAGCUCGGAAUGAGUAUCUGCUGACACUGGCAGCGGUCAACGCACAUCAGCAGCAUUACCACGCUCACGACCUUCCACUCCUGAUGCAGCAAAUGGACGGGGAAGUUUACGAUGAUUUGAGGCACCACUUCGCCCGCCUGUGUGGGACAGAGAUGGACGCCUGUCUGGCGACGCACGAGCCAUUCAGCAGGAUCUGGGAUUGUGUUGCUAAGGUGACCAGAGAGAGGAACGUUCAGCAGCUUCUGCAGGAAUCAGAUUCCUUCAGAAAAACAUCUGACUUCAUCUUCCAGCCUGAUCCGCAGGACAUGGUAUCUGCCCUGCAGGACAUUCAAGGCCCUGAAGGAGAAAGCUGUUUGGUGAAGGAGGCCAAGAAAUGGGCUACUAAGGCUGCUAAGGACUACAAGGUCAUCACCCAUGGUGAAAGGGCUCUAGAGAUGCUGGAGAGUCGCCUGAAGCUGCUGUCAGGGGAGACGGGGCUCAGUGUGGAGCAGAAGAUCUCAGAGGUUCAGGAGACUGUCAGAAAAGCAAAGCUCAGCAGGGUGAAAGCAGAGGCUCGCCUAACUCUUCUGGCCCACAGUGUCGCAGGCAUCGAGCAGUGGCUGCACAAUGCCAUGCACCAGGCAGAGGAGGAACUGGAGACAGAGAGACGCCUCAGCGAGCAGAGAAGGUCCACAGAGGAGUUCUCAGAGGAUGAGUUGGAGCUUACUGAUUUUGAGGUUUAUGAGGAUGAGAAAGGAGACAUAUUUGCAGAUCCCAUGUCUCCCUCUGGCACCUGCGUGUAUCCUGCAGCCUGCAGAGUGAUUUACAGCUAUCAGGCGAGCCAAUCAGAUGAGCUAUCGGUCACAGAGGGGGAGGAGCUUCAUAUCAUUGAAGAUGGAGAUGUGGAGGACUGGCUAAAGGUGUGUAACUCCUGUGGCCAGAUGGGCUACAUUCCUGAGCAGUAUGUGAAGGUCCUGUGUCUGCCAGCAGAGGGCAGUGCUCAGCUGGACGGCUCCUUCAGUUCCACCUCAUCCUCAGGGAACAAGGAGCGAGCAGGUCUUGCCAAAGCGCUGUACUCCUACCAGGCUCAAAGUGCAGAAGAGCUUUCCUUCCAGGAGGGGGCGCUGAUUCGUCUCAUCCGCCGUACACAUGGAGAGAUAGAUGAUGGAUUUUGGGAGGGAGAACUAGAUGGAAGAACCGGGGUAUUCCCAUCAUUGUUGGUGGAGCCACUGCCUGAUGAAGAGGAGGGGGAUGAAGAGGAGGAGCCUCUCCAUUCUGCACCAUCUCCCUGCUCACCCCCCCUCCAAAUCCCCCCAGCUCCUAGUGCUGGUUCUGCAAGCACUGCUUCACCCCCUGGUGGCGAAGAGGAGCAGCAGCAGUCUGCUGACGUAGAGGAGCCGCUCACAGCAGAGGCUGAAGCCAGAAGCCACACCCCCUCAGAGUUUCCCAGGGAUCGAAUUAGACCAUGCCGGGCCCCCCCUCCUCCACCCACCAGCUGUACUUAGAUGGGAGACGUUAAACUUCACAGGAAGAAGCAGAGCUGCAGUGUUUGGCCUCCUUCAUGUCCUCAGAGAUGUUUUCCUGCCAUGAGGCACCUCUGUUUUCAGAUAUGUUUCCACAAUUCAGCUCAUAAAGUAUUAAGGACUUAUCUGGACACCCUGAGGGAGCGGUUCAUGGCUUUAGCAUGGCAUGUCUACAUUUAAAGGAAAAGUCCGGUCAUAUCCAGAAUUCAAACUUCUGAAAGUACUUUAAAUUUGAAAUUCUUCCAUCCUGUUCAAUAAAUGAUCAGUGUUUUUAAUUCA